UCCGGUCGGACUCCUGUCGCGUCGCACUCUUUUCCGCUUCGCCUCCAUUAAAGGACUCGGCGGCGGUUUGCGGGUCAAUUUUUAAAACUAGUUUGGCAGAAUCCGAUAUUAAUCGGAGCCAUCCGAACAGCAACCAUGACGGUCGGUAAGAGCAGUAAGAUGUUGCAGCACAUCGACUUCCGGAUGCGCUGUAUCCUGCAGGACGGCCGGAUCUUCAUCGGCACGUUCAAAGCGUUCGACAAACACAUGAACCUGAUCCUGUGCGACUGUGAUGAGUUCAGAAAGAUCAAACCCAAGAACUCCAAGCAGCCGGAGCGAGAGGAGAAGAGGGUUCUGGGUCUGGUUCUGCUCCGAGGAGAGAAUCUGGUUUCUAUGACUGUAGAAGGACCCCCUCCUAAAGACACUGGCAUCGCCCGCGUGCCGCUGGCAGGAGUUGCUGGGGGUCCGGGGGUCGGCAGGGCUGCGGGGCGAGGCGUUCCCGCCGGAGCUCCGAUGGCACAGGCCCCCGCUGGACUCGCCGGCCCCGUGAGGGGAGUCGGGGGCCCGUCACAGCAGCCAUUUGCUGAUGCAGUGACAUGUUUGGAUGAUGCAUACAGUUCAUUUUAG